CGUAGCAAUGUUUACAAAAUGGCGACCGUCCCUGGGAUUAAAUAUGACGACGGUUUACCAGCGAUUUCCGCCAACUGCUUCCCUGUCAGAACAUUCUUGAGACACGAUAUUGGAGAGGAAGUUGAUGGCGCAUGGCUGGUUGCUCAGAGGGCAGAACAGAGGAAGAGAUUCAAGGCAAUACUUUGCACUAAGCCAAAGACAUAUGCUCGCAUUAAAGAGGAAAGACGCAGAGCUGAGCAGCAGGGAACAACAAUUAGCGAGCAGCUUCAGGCAGCUAAUGAUGAAGAAGAAGAAGAAAAGGAUGUCCCUGUACUUGAUGGAUUCUUUUUGAUGCGUCACUGCUGCGUGGAAGAUCCUUCUGAUCUUUGUUCUGUAAACAUCUCUGGUAAAGAAAUAUCUGAAGUGAAGGAGGAAGAUUUAGCCUUAUUUGAUAAUGUGGCCUAUGUCAAUGCUAGUGAGAACUUUCUGCCAUUUGAGGCAUUUAGAGGUUUUCCAAUCUUAAGGGAGCUUGAGAUGCCUCUAAAUGCAUUGAGAAGUAUCAAACCUAACAUAGGAGAUUAUCCAUCACUGGAGGUGCUAGAUGUGUCUUACAACAAUUUAUCACAUGAUGAUAUUCUUACACUCGGCUUACUUUCAAACAUCAAAGUGCUGCAUCUCACUGGGAAUGGACUGACGUCAUUGCCCGCCAACAUGGCCAUGCCCCAUAUUGAUGAGAAAACGAGAGAAGAGUAUCUGAGGUUUUCUAAGUUAGAGAUCUUGUUGCUGGACGACAACAAACUGGAGGAUGUGUCUGUAUUUGCUGCCCUUGCUGGAUUAUCAAGUCUGAAACACUUGAAUCUAGAGAAGAAUGAGUUAUAUUAUGUUCCAAUGUUGAAAUCUGUAGAAGGUAAAGUUGUUCAGAAUGAAAGUGAGAAAGAUGCACGAAAAUUACGUAGAUCUGCAGAGAAAGAAGGUCGAAGGUCAGCAAGAGGAACAAGGUCUAAAGAUCCAACACCAUGGCAACCAGUCGAGAAAAAAAAUAGUGAAGACACAACAAAUGCUCCUUUGCCAACCCCUGUACCGGCAGGGGAGGAUUCACAGAAAGGGUCAGGAAAACAGGGAGCAGAUUCUGUGGUACAGCCAGAUCUAUUAAAGGAGGAUUUUACUGAUUUGUCACGGCAAGUCACUGAUAUUGACUUGGAGAAGGAGAUCACUCUGCCAGUCACGGAAGAAGGAAACAGGGGUCUAGGUGAUGGUUCUGGAUUACCCCCCUUCCCUGAUCUGAGAGCUCUCAAUCUUGCUUAUAACAAGAUUGAGGAUGAGGAAGCACUGCUUGCUGUAGCUGCCUGGCCUAUGUUGGUUGAACUGAUCAUACACAAUAACCCACUGACCACGGAGAAUAGCGGAGAUCCACCACUUCUACAACGCUUCCUUGGGGAUAGGUUAGGGAUCAAAAUAAAGCGGAAGAAGGAAUCGGAAAUUGUGAAACCACCUGUUGAAAUCAAGAUGAAGAAAUCUAGACAUGUAACAACCGUGGUACCAAAGAUCCCCAAAAUGAAUGUAAAUGAUUUACUCAUGUUAGAGGCUCCAAAACCUCCUCCAGCACCCAAACCAGAAAGAACAAGGACACACAGUAACCUUGACCCCCAGAAACCUCUACCAGCCAUUCCUGCUUCUCCAGUUGAAGGUCAAGGACAAAGGUCACAGAAGGAAAAGGCUGGGGAAGAAAGUUCAAGAACAGUAAAGCAAGGUCAGGAUCAGUUUGCCGAGAAGCAGGCGGAAAAACAAGAUGGCGAUGCUUUCUUUAUGACACAGGUGGAUGACCAAGAAGAAGAGUCAGGGAAAGUGAAGGAAGACUCUUCAAGGAAAAAGAAAAGAAAACAUGCACAGAAGGGGAAAGUAGAAGACUCCAAAUACAAGGGAUAUGAAAUACUUCUGGAUGCUGAAGACGAUACCAAUUACUCACCUCCAAAAGAUAUGCAUGGGACUAUAAAGGCACUGAAGUAUGCACUUGGACAUGAGCUGGUUUACAGAGAUCCUGCUGCUCGAUUGGACAGAAUCAGUAAACCUGUAGAACCAUACAGGAAGCUACGUGUGGUCAAGACUGAAUAUCUGAAGGGGCCACCACGAGUUACUCAAAAACAGAAAAAGGAGCAGAUGUUGGCUGAAAUGCGGGAUCGGAUCACGACAGAGGAAGCUGACCUUCAAGAGGUCCUACAAGGGGAAAAUAAGGAACUGAGAAAACGAUUCCCUGAUUCUGAUAGACUUCUCUCUGAGAUUCAACGACGUUAUAAUGCAGUCAGAGUUAACUCAAUGAAAGAAGCAAAGGAUGCUAAGAAAAUGCUAGCAGGAACUUUGCAGGAAGUGAAAAAAUCUGACAGUUCACGAAGAGUGAAAAUGGAAGUGUGAAAUAAGUGAUAUUUUUGAGAAAAAACGUUUCAGAGAUCAAUAAUCAUGAGCAAAAAUACUGCUGAAUAUUGCAUUUUACACACACUUCAUGCAUUACAUAAAAGUGACUGGAUGUUAUUGAAACUGUGAUAUGAUUGUUAUUUCAUGUUUACAAGUGUUUAUUUAUACUGUUUAUAAUUUUUUUAGUGCCUUUAUAACUAGGCUAAACUGCUGUAUUUGACAAAGUAUUUCUUGAAAUUUUUAGAGCUAUAACAAUGUUUAUAUGAAAAACAAGAUAGUUUGUGAAUAUAUAUUGUUCUAUGUUACUGAUGUAAUUCUGAUUUUUAUAAUUAUGCCCCUUGAAAAAAAAGAGACAUUUUCAUUCUUUUAACAAUGAUGGACUGCUGAUUUUGAUUUUUAUAUUCUAACCUUUAAGGAGCAGGACUGUGUGAUUAUUGCCAGCUAGGAUUUAAACAAAAUUAUAUAGAAAGUGUGUCUCAACAAUAUCUAGAUAAAGUUUGAUAACUGGUGAAACAUCCCAUGAAGUGUCUUUGUGUACUAGUAAAUAGGAUAAUUCAUUAAAAGUGCAUUAGAGGUAAAUCAAUGGAAUAAGUUUUGUAUUUAAAAGAUUAUGGAAGAAUGGUCAAAAUAAAUAUAUGUGAUAUGCUUGUAAA